UUUGUGACUGAAGGUUGUAACAAAAAAAAAUAUAAAACAUAUCUAUGUAGCAUUUAACGGUCUGAACAAAGUAUAUAUUUUACGGCAUCCUUCACAAUCGCAUGCUUUCUUAUGGGGUCAUCAUAAGUUUGAGUCAAAUAAGUCGUUAUUAUUUUCUCUUAUUAAUUAAUUCAUAAUGCGUUGUCUAACGUAUUCAGUUGGUUGUGCAACGGUUAGCAAACACGUACCAAACACAGGGUGAUUGUUGCUAUUGAUAUUGGUUGAGUGACAUUGAUGUUCAGCGUCAUUUCGGACUCGGACAAGACAUCAGAUAAUAUUAAUCGAUAAAAGGAACAAUUAAAAUACCAAUGCAUAAAAUAUAGGGUCAGUAAACAAACAAAUUUCAUCUGCAAUGGGUCUCUUUUCGUGGAAUCCCAUUCAGGGUAAAAACAUGCUGGUCCAAUUAUUAAUUGUUACGCUCAUUUUUAUGCUAACAUUGUUCGGGCUUUUCGCCAAUCGGUACUCUUGGCGUGGUCGAAAACGUUUCGUAUUUUCAAAGAAAUAUUUGGCAUAUGCUAUGCUUGUAACAGUCUUAUUUUCAAGUGUAUAUAUUCGUCAGAUGUACCUUGACUAUACAAAUGCACAACUCAACUUACGCGACGCCGUCAAACUAUACAGCUAUAUGAAUACAACAGUAGCUAUUCUUAAUUUUGUUACUCAAAUGCUAUUGAGCAAAAAGGUGGCGCGAAUGAUGAGCAACGUGCCCCUUUUUGAAACGUUAAAUGAACUUCAUAUUGACAUCAACAAAAUAAAAAAAUCGGUGAUCUUGGCACUGAUUAAAGUCAUUGGAUUCCCGCUUGCCUUAGAGAUCGCUUUGGUGUUGCAGCAAAAACGAAGUGAACCUCAGCUUCAUUGGACCUGGUCCCUCUAUAAAUUGUUUCCAAUGAUAAUUUCAAAUUUUUUAAACAAUUGCUAUUUUGGUGCAAUGAUCAUAGCGAAGAACAUAAUGGAAACCUUAAAUGAGAGACUUAAAAUGUUAGUGCAACAGGUGAAUUUCAUGCAGCAGGAGAUCCAUAAAAAUCUAUACUCGAAAUAUCACCGCAUUCAGCACUAUUGCACAUUAGCGGACGAGCUCGACGUGCUAGCGGUGAAAUACAAAAUUAUAUGCAUUCAAGCUACGAAGUACAUGGCUUUGAUUUCACUCUCAAUAGUCCUAUCGCUAAUUUGCCAUCUGCUAGGAAUCACUGUGGGAUUUUAUAAUCAGUAUUACGCUAUUGCUGAGUCCUUUAUUGGAGGCAAACGGUACGAUGCGUUCGGUGCACUUAUAAAUUUAGUGUUUUUGGCCAUAUCUAUCUCUGAAGUAUCCUUGUUGACGUACGUGAGCAACGACAUUUUAAUCGCAACUCGAGCGACAGGAAUCAUUUUGCAAGAGAUUAAACUACAACAAACCCAUUGCCGCUUUCGACAAUGCGUACACGCAUUCUCACUGCAAGUUGACACGAUAAAGUACAAAAUAAAGCCAAUGGGACUUUUUGAAAUUGACAUUUCGCUUAUAAGUAGUGUAAUUUCUACAGUAGCUAGUUUUUCGCUCAUACUUGUGCAAUCAGAUCUGUCCCAGCGCUUUAAGCAAUCAUAGGAAGUUUUAUUUAUUAUGUGCGCGCAUGUUACCUGACUA